GUUUUCCAUGCUUACUGACUGAAAACUGCGAAUUCGAGCCUGAAGAUCAGAAGAUAGUUCAACUGCUUCUUGCUUCCUCAUUACUCCACCUGAAUACCAACCAAUGGCUCCGACGUGAGUGGGAGCUGGAAAAAAUACUCAUGCUUGCCAACCCCUCUGCUCAGGAUCCCCUCAAACGCUGGAAACCUCAUGUCGCAUGUUCCCUCGGAAGUUCUGCUGAAGUUUGCUCUGAUAAUUAUGACGACAUUCUCUCAUUCGGUCUUCUUAUAGUAGAGAUGGAAGCGAAGCGAAAAAUCAAGGCGAACCAAUAUGAUAACGACUGGAUCACUGGUCUGCCGUCCAAGGAUAGCAUGCUAAAGCGGGCGUUGACGGACUGGAAUCGGAGACUUGAAGAUGGCUACAGAGCAAUUGGGAGGGCAUGUCUGCAAUUCCGAGAACUAGCUGAGAGACUUUAUCAUCCGGCUCUGACGAAUGACAUGAGACGCACAGCAGCAAUAUACAAAUACAUUCUUACUCCUCUUCGUCAGCUCGUCACCCAGAGAUAUUGCAGCACAUCACAGCAAUUCAGUAGAAUUCCACGGCAAUCGGACAACCAUUCAGUUUCAGCGUCUUAUCCUCAUCAUUUUCAGCCUAGUUGGAGCUCCAGGCUGAUUUUAUUCGACGACUCCAAGUCAGAUUCAACUUGGCACAACCCUUUAAAGAUUGAGUAUGCUUCAGAAUUCAUGCGUGCCAUUAAACCCUUCGUCGAUAUGAUCAGGUAUUUAUCGGUCAACUGCGAUCCCUUGCCUGCUCUGGAGCAAUGGCGAGCAAGGAAGAUCAGAAUUGCGAUCAUUGACACAGGAAUUGAUACAGAAGAUGAUAUACUGAUACAAACUGCGUUGGAGUCGGGCCGCAUAAGAGCUUGUCGGGGCUUUAUCAACGAUCCAGGCGAUUAUAAGGAUUCUCACGGCCAUGGAACACAUGUUGCUCGACUUAUAUUGUCACUGGCACCUGCAGCGGAAUUGUACAUUGCCAAGGUCUCUGAUAGUAAAGUUGUCCAUGCGGCAGCUUUACAACGCAUCUCAGAAGCUAUUAGAUGGGCUCACAAGACCAUAAAUGUUGACUUAAUCUCCAUGUCAUUUGGACUCGAACCUGAUAAUCGCAAUGAAGAGAUUGAUAGGGCAAUAAACAAUGCCUUCAAAUCUAAUAUCACCAUGAUCGCGGCAGCUGCUAACAAUGGCGGCAAUAAGCCACGCGCAUACCCUGCCAGCAGGCGUACCGGGGUGCUUUGUAUCCACGCCAGCGACGGCCGCGGCAAUGAUGGCGAGAUUAGUCCUACUCCGGAGUCAAAAAAAGACAAUUUCUCCACGUUGGGUAUCUCGAUCGAAUCGAAGUGGAAAGGAGAGAAGGUCCUGAAAUCAGGGACGUCUUUCGCAACACCAAUUGCGACCUCUCUCGCUGCUGAUAUGCUGGAAUUCGCCAGAUACAAAUGCUCUCUCUCUGAAUAUGAGCAGGAAAGUCUGCAUAGCUUUGAUGGCGUCGCUGAGAUGCUUCGCCUCAUAUCAGCACAGCGACAGGGGUACGAUUAUAUUAUGCCACUUCAUCUCUGGAAAUAUGAUACGGAGUCGGAAAUCGCUCGUAAGAUUACUAGAAUUGUUGCGUCACGAUAAGCGCUUCAAACCUACCAUAAAUACAUGUGAGGUCUAGAAGGUUUCUCAUGGAUGGAGCCUAAGAGAAAUAAGAUGAUAGAGCGCAAGAAGAACUAAAGACUCGUCCAAUUUCGCACAACACUGACUGUGGAUGCUGACUUCCUGUGGGAAUCCAAGUUACUUUAAACCCUUUUAUUAUAAGGUUCACAGGACGAUACCGUCACGCUAAGUUUAAAAUUUUGACGCAGUGCGUGCGAUGUUCUCGCUUCCUCUAUGUCAAUUUGAACCUUGAUAUCACUAACGCGUUUGAAACAAAUGCAAGGCAAGUCCAAUGUUACGAGAUGGAUCUUCACCAGUUAGCUUAGUUGUAGGGAUUCCUAGGUUUCUAAAGCCAAUAGGACAUGAUCCUUAACCCGCAUAGGGCCCUAACCGAAGUAGGCGACAUACUAGAAUAUUUACCCCUCUUUGAAAAGCGGGCGAUUAAUAUACGAAAUCGUUACUCU